GGCCGGCGCUCGGUCCCGCCCCCGGCGGCCAGUGCUCGGGCGGGAGGGCUGCGGUCGCCGGUUGGGACCCCUGGCUCGGGGUGCCGCAUGGGGUUGCUGGGGCCGCUCGGGACGUGCGACGCAUCGGAGGUGCGACAGGGAGCUGAAGCCUUCAGAGGAGCCCUGACCUAGGGGCGGCUCAAUGGCCCUGGGUGAAGAAAAGGCAGAGGUGGAAGCAUCUGCAGACACAAAGGCACAGUCCCACAGGAGAUGGAGCUGUGGAGAGCAAGAGGCAGACAUCUCUGGGCCCGUGAGUGGGGAGCAGCCCCCACACCUCAAAGCUGAGGGAGGGCCUGUCUGCCCUGUGUGGGGGACCGAGCGGCUACCUGCCCCUGCCUGCCGGGCUGGGGCUGACCCAGGCAGCCCCUCUGGAGCUUAUCAGCCACAGGCCAAUGAUACCACCGGAAGGCCAGUAGGUGAUGGGCCUAAGCCUGCGCUUGGUGGCCUGCUUCCUUCUGCCAGCAUGGGGACUGGAGACCUUUUGUACUCUGUGGGAAGCCAGAUGGAGGAGACCAAGCUUUCUGCCUCUGAGGAGCUACCUCAGACUCUUCAUGUCCCCAGAACUAUAGCUGUGUGCUCAGGACAUGAUGCUGAUACCGAAGAUGACCCGUCACCAGUUGAUUCGCCCCGGGUGCUGGACCUCAGCCAGCGGCCCGACAUCUCCGGUUUCCCUUUCCCGUCACGGUGGAAGUCUGCGGAGAGCCCGGGGACCGCUGCUCCUCAGCCUUCCAGCUGUAGCAUCUCUGCCUGCUCCACAGGCAGCAGCCUCCAGGGUCACCAAAAGAAGGCAGAGCCUCAGAGUUGCUCCCUUGCCGAGGUCUCCUCCUCCCUGGAGCUGGUUGUCCCCCAGGCACCCUCCUCUGUGGUGGGGCCAGGGCCUCAGCUCCAGUGGUCGCCACUGCCUGUGUCCUCUGGAGGUGAUGCUGCUGGGCUGGGCAGGACGCGCCUCUCCUUCCAGGCCGAGUACUGGGCCUGUGUGCUGCCAGAUUCCCUGCCUCCUUCUCCCGAUCGCCACUCCCCUCUUUGGAACCCAAAUAAAGAGUAUGAAGACCUGCUUGACUAUACUUACCCACUGAGGCCCGGACCUCAGCUCCCAAAGCACCUGGACAGCCAUGUGCCGGCUGACCCUGUCCUGCAGGACUCAGGUGUGGACCUGGAUAGCUUCUCUGUCUCCCCAGCAAGCACCCUCAAAUCACCCACUAAUGUCUCCCCGAAUUGCCCACCAGCAGAGGCCACUGCCCUUCCCUUUUUUGGGCCCAGAGAGCCAAGCCUUAAGCGGUGGCCUUCUGGAGUGCACCAGAAGCAGGGCAACAUGGGCUUGGCAUCUUGGAGCAAGCUCGCGUCUACCCCCAGAGACCUAGGCAGCAAGAAUGCUCCUCGGGAUAGCAGACAGCCAGCCCUAAGGGGCGUGAAGGACUGGUUACCCAUGGACAAGCGCCUCGAGAUGGGCUCUCCCCAGCUGAGGACAUGGGACAGAAGGUGGCCCUCUCCCAGGCCAGAAAGAGAGAAGGGGGCUGACCAGAGUGUCCGGCACCCUGCCUGCAUGGAGCCUGGAUGGAAAUCAGAGGAGUUGGAAAGUGAGGACGAGUAUCUUGCCCUGCCUACUCGGCUGUCACAGGUUUCUAGUUUGGUUUCAUAUAUAGGUUCCAUUCCCACCUUGGUGACCCUGCGUCCUGGGGCUGCCGAAGGGCAGAGCUCCCUGGAAGUGUCAGAAAGUAACGGGCCGACUUCCCUCCCAUCAGACUCUAGCCAAAGCCAGCUUCCAUCGACAGCUGCCCUGCGACGGCCUGGGGACCCUGAGGGCCAAAACCACUGUUUCCUGCGCUCCUUGGCCCGUGCUCGGCACUCUGUAGGGGAAGGCGGUCUGGUGAGCAGCCAGGCCCUCGGGGGCUCCUCUGGACUGCUGAAAACACGCACCUCCUUGCCAGCUGUGUUGGACCGGUGGCCAUUCUCAGACCCAGAGGCUGAAGGGCAGCUUCCUAGGAAGGGAGGAGAGCAGGGAAAAGAAUCGCUGGUACAGUGUGUGAAGACAUUUUGCUGUCAGCUGGAAGAACUGAUCCACUGGCUGUAUAAUGUCGUAGAUGUUACACACCACGGGACUCCACCCAGGUCCAAUCUUACAGGUCUCAAGUCUUCUCUGCAGCUUUACCGGCAAUUUAAGAGAGAUAUAGAUGAACAUCAGUCCCUGACGGAGAGUGUCUUACACAAGGGGGAGAUUCUUCUUCAGUGCCUGUUGGAUAACACCCCAGUUUUAAAGGACGUCCUUGGGAGGAUUGCGAAGCAGUCUGGUGAGCUGGAGAGCCAUGCAGACCGCCUGUAUGACUCCAUCUUAGCUUCUCUGGACAUGCUGGCUGGCUGUACCCUCAUCCCUGACAAUAAGCUGAUGGCAGCAAAGGAGCACCCAUGUGAAGAGGUUUAACCUGGCAACUUCUCAGGCAAAGGUGCAGUCUAUCUGCCAAAACCUGACUGGUGGGAAAAAAGCCUUCAAGAAGUCCUUGCAAGAGUCAUUCAACACUGAAGUCACGGGAGAAACUUUAAUACACUAGCUUUAAAAUACCUUCUCUUCCCUGAAGUAAGGGCUGUUGAGUUACUAUUUUUAUUUACAAUGAAUCCUUCCAAACUACAGUUUUCCUUUUGGUGCUUCUCUACUGAGAUGUGACUUUGCAAUUUAAAAAAUUUUUGUGGCAGCUGGCUGGUAGAGGGAUCCAAACCCUUGACCUUGGUGUUACCAAAACCAUGCUCUAACCAACUGAGCUAACCAGCCAACCCUUGCAAUUUUUGGCCAAAUAAGACUUAAGGUCUUGCCUCCUCUCUAUUCAGUUAAAAAAGAGCAGACAAAGAUCCUGACUAUUCCACCUGCUGAGGUCGUUUACAGAAGGCUGAUAUGAGAAAGAAGGUUCCAAAUACUUGGUAUUCUCAGGCAUACAAGAGGACCCAAGAGACUGAAAAAGGGAAUGGUUGGCCAAAAAUCUUGGGUCAUUUCAUAAAAUGAAGCUUAGGUUUGUAAAUCCCUCUGAAGACUUUUAGAUAGAAGAGACUUUAACCCUUAGUCUGUAGAAGAAAAAAGGUAAAUGAACAGAACCUCUACAAAUUACUUUGGGCAAUUUAUGACACUUUUUGCCAUCUCCAGGACUUAAGGCUCCACCUUCCUGUCUUAACUAGUAUUUUAAAAUGUGUUAGGGGUGUUGAUGACCCCAAGGUCAAGAGUUCAGAUCCCCAUACCAGCCCAAAAUAGAUGAUGUGUUAGUUACUUGGGGAACUGCCAUCAUGCUUCAGCAUGGCUAUUGAGCCAUUAUUGAUCAAGCUUAAGGGUACCACUGGGAGGACUCAUCCCUCUACUCCUAUUCUCUCUUGGAAGAGUAGUCCAAGGUCAGGGAAGGGAAUGGAUAGGAUCAUGCAGCCUGGUUCACUACAGAAACUAAAUAAUGAAGGAAAAAAGGGAAUUUUUUGUUGCUUUGGAGUUGACAUGUAAGUACCUUGAUAGAAAAAAAAAAAAAAAAACUAUGGAUCAGCCAUUUAAAGCAUUGAUUCUUGAAGGAAAAGAAUCAGUUAUUGCUACAGUUAUUGCAGAUUCUACUAAAAAAAAGCACUUUAAAAAAAGGUUUGGGCCAUGAGUGAAUAUGGAAGGAGAAAAGUGUAAUAACAAUAGGAACUAAAGUUCUAUUAUUAAAUGUGACUUUUCUGCUUCAAAAUUUCUCAGACUUUACAGUCACUGGAAAAUAGCCGUUAAAUAUUUCAAGUGCCUGCUGCUACUAUGGUAUGAUUUACUAUGAUGCUUAAGGGCAAUGAUCAGAAUUAAACUUAUGAUUCUGCCAUCUCCAUAUUAAUCUUGGUUCUGUACACAGUGAGAUUUUUUUUCACAGCUGGCCAGUACAGUGAUCUGAACCCUUGACCUUGGUGUUAUAACAUUGCACUCUGAGCUAACUGGACAGCCCAUACACAGUGAGAUUUUAAAAGACCAAAAAACACCUCCCUAGCAAAUCGUUAAAUUAUAAGCAUAUAUGUAAACAUUCUUAAAAAGCUAGAAUUGGUUAAAAAGGCAGAAUGUCUUAUGGCCUCUGUUGUUAAAAAUACAUUUCACCUUCUCUUUGAUUUGGCUGUAAACUGGAACAUGCCUUUCCACUAUGUUACAGAAUAGCCCUUGGGAAUCAAACUCAUUUAUUUACUAGUAUUUGACAGGCAUGAAAAUAAGUCUCUUAGUUGGCUUAAAAAUUGAAGAUGACAACCCCAUAGAAACAAACUGACCAAUAUUAUACCAGUUGAAUACAGAAUAUGGCAUUCUAUUCCCAUUCAACCUAAUAAUCAUAAUCAGCUUCAACUGACAGGAAUAUUCACGGAAUGUUUUAUUUUGGAAUACCCUGUUUCCCAAGGAAGUGCUACCUUACCUACGGGGAUCUAAGAUAAUUUUCUUCAUCCUCUUUGAAAUGAGGUGUGACUAAAGGGUGCUAACUCUGAGCUUGGCUGUGAAUGUCACUGAAGAGUAUCAACACAACUGUUAAUUCUGUAACUCAUCAUGAUUUAAGACGUUUAAGACCUCCCUUAAAACUCAAGCUAAAAUUGUUUCAGCCUACUAAGAUGCUGCCAGCAGCAUUUCCAUGAACAUGGCCAAGAGUUAGAUUCAAGUAGCCUGGCUGGUGCACUGUGGUGCCACACUAGAAUAAAAUUUCUUAGUAAUCCCUUAAAAUUAAUGGAAUUUGAGUCCACAGGGAAGUGGCAGUAAAAUCCUAAAGAUGGACUGGCAAUUUCAUAGCCUUGGUUCUUGUAGAUCCUGGCUAAGCUGACUGGCAAAUGGGAGAUGAUGCCAAUACAGGGCUAUUUUGAAGUUCAAAUGGGAACACAAGGAAGUGUUGAUGUAAGAUAUGUUGGAAUGGCAACAUGUAUGCUACAGGAAAUUUCAAUCCAAGGUCAAAGAAUAUAUACAACUGCUCAGACCAUAAUGGCUAUCAUUCUGUAAGGAUUUCCCAGAGCUGGCAACUGCUUAGAUUUAGCAUAUUCUUUAUUAUGGAAGCUAAUUUAUGACAGCCACUUAUAUUUAAUACAUGGCAAGUGAUAAUUCCCUUUAUAAGUGAAAAGAUUAUUAAAGCCCAUAGUAGCCUUGAAAUAUUUGUACUCGAAAAUGGGAGAAGUGGGAAUAUAUUUUUUUCAAAACUGCAUUUAUUAGUGUAUGCAUAAAAGUAGUGUUGCAUGCUGAAAUAUGUUAUGGUAAGUCCCAGUCUUAACUGCCAUGGGGAAAAGAACUAAGUGUAAAUAUGCUCACAUCUUAAAAUAAAUUUAUGUUUUCUGCUAACUUACCAAGAAUAAGCUGACGGUUUGAAUGACUUUUGCUGUAUAAAACUGUAGUGCACGGCAUCACAUUGUCUAAUAUUUGUUUUGCAUCAUUUAACUACUUGAGAAAAUUGUUUCUGAACUCUUUACCCCUUUAUACUGUAUUGAUAAGGCAAAAAAAACAAAACAUUUUAAACAUUAAAAAAAGAUCUUCACCCAAAUAACUAUUGGUAACUUAAGGAAUUUGUCAGUUGCCUUAUGUGAGGAUGAAGAGAUCCAACAAGCACGUCUAUAAUACAAAGUAAACUAUGAUUUUAUUUGUGAAAUUCUCAUAGAUGGAAAAUUAAAUUGAAUUAUUUAUUCUGUCCAUUUCAUUUUACAAUAAUCUUACCGUUUAUUUUUGUACCAUAUAUUUCAAUUGUCUGUUUAGUGAAAAAUAAAGAAACCUAUAAUUUU